AUGACCGGUCAAUUCGUACGAGCCUUAGGAACAGUCUAUCAUUUAGAUUGUUUCAGAUGUCAAGAUUGUAAUAAAGUGGUGGCUUCCAAGUUUUUCCCAGUAGAUGCAGGUUUAGACGGUAAAACUCAAUAUCCACUCUGUGAAACUGAUUAUUUCAGAAGACUUGGUUUGAUUUGUGGAAAAUGCGGUGGAGCUCUUAGAGGUUCUUAUAUCACGGCUCUAGAUAUGAAAUUCCAUGUUGAACAUUUUACUUGUUCAAUUUGUCCUACAAUCUUUGGACCACAGGAUAGUUAUUAUGAACAUUCUGGAAAGGUUUAUUGUCAUUAUCAUUAUUCGACUCGAUUUGCCGUGAAAUGUACGGGAUGUCAAACUGCGAUUUUAAAACAAUUUGUGGAAAUCAAUCGAAACAAUACAGAUGAACAUUGGCAUCCUGAAUGUUAUAUGAUUAAUAAGUUUUGGAAUAUUAAACUUGCUGUUUCAUUAGCUUCUAGUCGCAAAAUCUUACCACCAUCAACACAACCAACCGAUAAUGAUACACAACCGACUAACAACGAAACGACCCACUCAGAUCCUUCAAGUUCAAGUACUUCAACCGAUUCUAAUACACCAGAUUGGCAACAUCAAGAAGCGAUUGAAACAGCUCAAUCAUUAAAAGAAAAACAAAAAGUCAUGGAAGAAAAAGUCUAUAGGAUUUGGACAGUCCUUUCGACCUUUGAAGAGAGUAGUGCGGCUUGUAUAUCUGAAAUGUUAAGACAUGUUAGUAGUGGUCAUUAUCUCGAAGGGGUUAAAAUGGCAGGAAAAUUCGUGUUACAUGUUGAAACACUUUUUGCUGCUAUUGAUGAUUUGGAUUAUCUCUUUAGAAGUAAAAAUGCAAAAGAAAUCUCACAUGUUAGAGAAGCAAGAAUGUUAUGUAAAAAGAUUGUGAAUUUCUUUUCACUCUUAUCACAUACACAUGAAACAGGAGCCCGAAAGAUGAGUAUCACACAAGAAUUAUUAUCAUUGGUAACCGGUUUAGCACAUUAUUUAAAGAUUUUAAUUCGAAUCGCUUUAACAAGUGCAUUGAAAUUAGAAAGAGAAUUUGGAGAUCGAACUGGGAUUUUACAAUUCUUAUCUAGAUUAGAUAGAUUAGCAAGGGAUCCAGAUGCAUCAAAAGCUACUACAAGUAAUACACCGACUAAAUCUCAAUCAAAUCAUCCUAAUCAUACACAUUCUUCUUCAAAUGGAAAACCAAGACCUUAUGGAUAUAAAUCAUUAACAAGAGCUGUCGGCACUCUUUUUGCUCAAGGGGUGGCAACUACCGAUCUUUGUGAAGCUUGUAAACAAACGGUUGAAGAAGAAUGUAUUCGAUUCGGGACUAGUUUGAGAUGGCAUCAUUCAUGUUUAAGAUGUUCAACUUGUCAUAAAUCACCUGAGAAACCCAAUAAUUAUACCCAUCCUAAUCAAAAUCCGAAUUCGAAUUCGAUUGAAAAUGGAUCUCAUAAUCCAAUGAUUAGUUUAUCAAUUCAAAUCAAGAGUUAUAAAUUAGAAAUCAAUCAACAAACUAAUUCAAGAUCGACGACUUCAACUUCAUCACCUAAUAAAAAUUUACAAAUCUAUUGUGAAGAAUGUGCCAUGAAUGCUAAUCGAAUGAUUAAUUCGAUUGGAUUAAAUAAUGGAAUUGGAACUUUGAUGGAUGGAUUUGAAUUGGUCACUAGAUUAGAACAGUAUGCAUUUUUACUUUGUGUGGCUCUUAAUAAACUUUAUGGGUUAUUGAAACAGAGAGGAGUUUUACCUAUGCCUACAAGUAAAUCAUUGUAUGAUGCAUAUCGGAAUUCAACAGAUAUCAAAAGAAUGAAAACAGUAGAUUUAGAUCGAAAGUUGUCUACAACUGCCCGAUUACCACAACGAUCAACAGUAGUCGAAAGUCCAUCUGGAAGAGUAGCACAAGCUGCCAUCGAAUCGAAUCCGACUGGAGGAUUAAGACCACAAGACUCUGGAUCGAUGAUGACACCUACUACAACAAUUCCUUCGCCUAAUUUGAAUGGGAAUGCUACACUGAAUAAUGACCCACAAGGAUCAUCUACAAGUCCAGUCACAGUAAGACCAACACUUUCAAGAAACUUAACAGCCGUAAGGAUCGUAGAUGAACAACCGAUGAAUCCCAACACAAGAGAAGAAGAAACCUCGAUCAUCGAAACGACGACUUCAGGCAUCACCUUGGCCGAUUUACCAAGAGCCAUGGAAGCCGAAAGAUUUAGAGUAGCUCAUAAAGCUUUACCCACUCAAGUCACGACGCUUUCGGAAUUAUCUGCACUUGAAUCGGUGAUUGUUAAACAUGUGGCGGCUUUCCUUUUGGGUUCUAAUGAAGCGAUUCGUGAGAUUUGUUCGUUGGAUGAGCUUUUGGAAAUGAUUGAGGUUAGGAAAGGUAACUUUUGGGGUAAGUUGUUUAAAGGGAACACUGAAAAAUCCAAAAUUAAGAAAAAGGGUGUGUUUGGAGUACCAUUAGACGUGUUAAUAGAAAGACAUGGAGUGGAUUCAUUAUUAGGAGCAGGAGCCGGACAAUUAAGAGUACCGAGUUUUAUAGAUGAUGUGAUUUCAGCCAUGAAACAGAUGGAUAUGUCAGUAGAAGGGAUUUUUAGGAAGAAUGGAAAUAUCAGAAGAUUAAAAGAAUUGACCGAUUCGAUUGAUCGAGAUGAUGGUGUGAUGAUGAAUAAUUUUAGUGAUGAUAAUCCAGUCCAACUUGCAGCUUUGUUGAAGAAGUUUUUGAGAGAUUUACCUGAUCCUUUAUUAACGUUUAAACUUCACCAUCUUUUUAUUGCUUCUCAACGAAUUGAGAAUGAAAUAGAAAGGAGGAAAACGUUACAUUUGAUCUGUUGUUUAUUACCAAAAUCACACCGAGACACAAUGGAAGUUUUAUUUGUAUUCAUGAAAUGGGUUGCAUCUUUUUCACAUGUGGAUGAAGAAACAGGAUCGAAGAUGGAUUUACAAAACUUAGCCACAGUGAUCACCCCGAAUAUCUUAUAUAAUCGAUCUAAAGAACCACCUAGUCGAGAUGAAUCCUUUUUGGCUAUCAGAGCUGUGAAUGAAUUGUUGGAAUUUCAAGAUGAAAUCUUUAUGGUACCUGAAACGGUUUGGUUGGUGAUGAGAAAUUCGGAGAUGACUAACUUGGGAAAUCAUUUGAAUGUGAAUGAAAUCACAUCUAAAGAUAGUAAGUUUUUUUUUCCAUCUAGAGUGAUUGAGCCAGGUUUUUUUAAAUUGAAUUUUAAUGAUUUUAUUUUUUUGGAAUAG